AUGCUUUUUGAAGAUGAAGACAGUAGCAGUCGUCUUCACCAUUUUGAUUAUCAUAGGCCUGGCCCUGUUUAUUUACUUCGUUAUUUAGGCGUCGGUGGGGAAUGUGGGGGGCGAACGGGAGUAUGUGCCGAGGGGUGCGUUGAAGGGUCGGACAAAAGAGAGAGAAGCGAGGGGGAACUCCCAUUUGGUGUUAAUGACAACGGGGUGGUAAGAGAUUGCCCGGAGGGGAAUGAGGCAAAGUUGAAGUUGAGACUUCCCCAAGGGGGGGGGAGAAACCACGUGGGUAUAAGCGGCAGGAGUGGGCGCAGCAGCAGCCUGGAAGCGAACCAGCUGGAGCUGAUAUUUCACAAGUCGGCGAGGGCCAUUUAUGAAGGCACCAAUGCGCAGGUGGAAAUUCCCACAAUAGCGCGAGGUGGCUGGAAGGGGGGCUCUCCAUGCCCCCUGGGGGAGAAGAACCCAGCGAGGGAGACCCACUCUGAUGAUGUGGAGCCGGACAAGAUUCACAUCCAGGGGAUGACAAACCAGGGGAUGACGAAUAAGGGGAUGACGAAUAAGGGGAUGACGAAUAAGGGGAUGACGAAUAAGGGGAUGACGUACCGGGAGAACGUUCCACACAAAAUUGAGGAUUUGAAAAGCUUCCUAAUGGAGCGCCAGGAAAAUGUAAAUGAAAGAAAUCGGCAGCUCUUUAUGCAGACCAUGAGCAGCAUCGAUGAGACUUUGCAGUUGAACCAUUUGUGCCUUUGCCGGAAUGGCCGAGAGUUAGACCCCGCUUCGUUCGCCUGGCACGACUCGUUUGUGGGGCAAGCGUUGGGGAGGGCCUGCCCAGAGGGAGAGACCUUCCGAGGGGGGCAACUCCCCUCGUCACCCCCCGCAAGUUCGCCCAAUUUGUAUGAGAAGUUGAAGCAUAUCAGAUGCGUAGAGGAACCGGGGCAUACCUACCAGCAUGUGUACCCCCCACGCUGUCAGGCAGACCGCCCGAAGGAAGUGCAGAUACCCCAGGGGAGCAUCCAAUUCAACGCGAAAUUCGAAAGCUCAAACCUGCAGUGCGUGCUGAAGGAGAAAAACAGAGAAGUCUAUUCCAUUUUUUUAAAACAGGACAUACGAUCGAAUGAGAAGAAGAACCAGUGGUUUUACUUCAGCGCAAGUUACAUCCCAGGCUCCUACUACCAGAGUGACUACUUUGAGGGGAGGAAAAAAAAAAAAAAAGAGCAAAGUGACAUUAAUAGAAUUAUUAAAGAAGGUAGCAAUGAUGCCUACUUGGACAGUAAAGAGGACUUGAAAGUCUCUUUGGAUUCUUCCGAUUUAUUUCUCAUCAGCGAUGUUAAAAAAUUAGAGAAGCCCUUUUCUGUCCUUUUUAGAAUCGAAAAUAUGUCUAGACCUUUUUUCUUAUACAGAGAGGGACACUCUCCUUUGGUUUUUUCCGAGUGUAGAAGCGUGAAGGAGGAGGUCCUCUGGGAGAGGGCAGCAUACAACGUUACCUACACGAGGAAUGACACCCCUAGGCACUACAAUUUAAAGACAAAUGCGUUUGAGAAAUUAUCCUAUUGCACCUACACACUGGAAUUCGCCUACGAUUUUAUUUACCCUUACGAUACUGUUUAUUUCGCUAGCUCCCUCCCGUAUACCUACUCCUAUUUGAUGAAAUACCUGGGGCUACUUAAGAGCCACGUGAGCAGCGAGCAGGAGGGGCAGAAGAGAAUCAACUACGUGCAGGGCACCCUGUGCACGACGGCUUUGGGGCUCGCCUGCCCCGUCCUGGCCGUCACGAAUUACGACGGGGAAGCGGCAGAUGAAGCGGCUGCCGAAGCGGGAACUGCAGAUGAAGCGGCAGAUGAAGCGGCACCUGACGCUGCUCCCAAUGGGGAGAGCCGCCUCGUAGGUGCAGAGAACUCUGGGCGGAACUACGCUGAGCCAACCGACAUUGAGGGGUCGCAUCGGAGCAAAGCCCCCGGGGAGGCAGGCCAACCGAAGGAGCUGCAUCCCGUUGGGAGUGUCAGCGUGCCUGUUGAGGAAGAUCACAAGCUGGUGGAUGCCGCGAAGGAGAGACUGCACCACUGCUGCGAGGAAAGCACAUACAUUGACGACGCGAUGUGCAUGUACAAUUUGUGCCAUCACAGACGGACAGGUGGUCGACGAGAAGGGGAGGACAACCCAGGACAGAGGAGCCCCCGUAAAUGUUCUAACGCGUUCAUGAGACAGUUUGAGCGGCUGCUGGAGAGACCUCCCCUUCAUCCGCUAAGUCACGAUGGAGGGAGGCGCCCGCGUGGAUCGUCGACGUCGCCUUCUUUAAGUGGCUCCUCCAAAGUGGUAACUUCUCCCACCCCCGCGGGGGAACCGCCCAGUCAGGCACCCCUCGAAGAGAAGAAAAUCAUUUUCCUAACCGCGCGAGUGCACCCUGGGGAGACGAACGCCAGCUACGUCAUGCAUGGCUUCCUCGCGUUCAUCACGUCCGACAGUGCAUACGCCGAUGCUCUCCGCGACAAUUUCAUUUUUAUAAUCAUACCCAUGUUGAACGUGGAUGGAGUGGUGCUGGGGCACAACCGGCUCUGCUCAAAUGGAUUUGACCUUAACAGGCAAUGGAAUCGACCCAUUUAUUAUUUGCACCAAACGGUGCACACAGCCAAGGCUCUCAUAAAAAGAAUCCACAGGAAGGGAAGGGUCGUCUUCUUCUGCGAUUUCCAUGGGCACUCUAGAAAGUAUAAUUGUUUUUUUUUUGGGAAUUUUGAUAGUCGGGCUCAGCUGAGGGGUAGGAAGUUGGCUGAGCUAUUUUGCCACGUGAUGGGAGCCUCCCUUCCGUGGUUCUCCCUGGAGGAUACACAUUUUAAAAGUGAGAGUGUAAGCAGGGGAACGGCGAGGAACGUCUGUGGAGGCGAAUUCGCCAUCGACUGCAGCUACACGUUUGAGGUGUCCCUCAUCGGGGUCAAGGUGAGGAGCGCAGAAGCGGCGCCGCCAGAGGGGGGAGGCCAAACGGACGAAGCGAACGAAGCGCGUCAAACGAGUGAACCUCGCGACGGAGAAGAACUCCCCACCCGUGCCGCCCAAGAACAGAAAUGGGACUUUUUUUUUUUCGAUGAGAAUGUCUUGAUGCUGACGGGGAUCUCCUUUGGAAUAAGCCUCUUCAAGUUUUUUAAUUUUGUGUCCCACCAUGAGGGGGACAUAUCGGAGGGGGAGAGGCAGCAGGGGGAGCAUAAUAAUAAGAAGAAAAUGGCGAGCGUAAAUGAAAGCGCAGAGGUGCCCCCUUCGCGCGUUAAAGCUAAGGGUAGUAGGGUGCAGCUCGGUGGCCAGUUAGCAUGUCAUAGGGGUAAUUUGAACAGGCUGGAGAGGAAGAGGAGAGGCGAGAUGGUGAAGAAGGCAAGUUUGGAGGGGGUCCUACCAUUGGGCAGGGUCGUUAUAGAGCCUUCUUCAGAUGUGAAGAGUGAUGCGGUGGAGCCUGCUGCAGAUGUGAAGAGCCACCUCGAUGGGGGACACCCUUUGGAAGGUGGUAUCCGUAGUAAGGCUUAUGAAGCGAAGGGGGACGCAGAGACAACAUCAUCAUCCCCCCCAGGCAAGUCCACUUCGCGGCAGCUCCGAAAGGACUUGCGAGCAGUCAAAGGGAAGGGUCUACCCAACAGGAAGAAGGAAGCAAAGGCGAGAGCAAAAAAUGGCGAGAGUACCAAAAUUCACGAUGAGGAAAAAACAUUGGGUGAAAUUGCUACCAAGUAA